GGCUGUGAGAGGGGCACCCCCAAGGUAAGCCCCAUGAGGAGUCAUAGAAGAUGCACCCGGUGUGGGCCGCUCUGCUGCUCUUAGCCAUGUGUGCAGGGCGCAUAUCCACCAAUCCAUUCACCUUGAGACUGGCUGCUGUUCUGGAUGACCCGAUGGAGUGCAGUCGUGGUGAGCGCCUGGCUAUCACCCUGGCCAAAGAGGGCAUCAACCGUGUUAGUAACCUCUCUGUGAUGGGCAAAGUGGAGGUGGACAUUUUUGAACUCCUGAGGGACAGCGAGUACGAGACAGGGGACACCAUGUGCCAGAUUAUCUCUAAGGGAGUAUUGGCGGUCCUGGGACCCUCAGCUAGCCCAGCUUCCGACACCAUCAUCAGUAAUAUCUGUGGAGAGAAAGAGGUGCCUUACGUGAGGGUGGCCCCCGAGGACCUCCUGAGGGCCCGCUUCCCGCGCUUCUCGCCCCUGGACCUGCGGCCCACCAAUGCACAUGUCAGCCUAGCCGUGGUGGACCUGCUCUCCUUCUUCAACAGCACCAGCGCCUGUCUGCUCUGCGCCAGGGCUGACUGUUUGAUGAACCUGGAGCAGUUACUACGUCAGUUCCUAAUCUCUAAGGAGACGCUGACUGUUCGUGUGCUGGAUGACAGUCAGGACCCCAUGCCUGUUCUAAAAGAGAUCCGCAACUACCAGACUGACACCAUCAUAGUGGACGCCAACGCCACUGUGUCCCUCCUCAUCCUGGAACGGGCGUCAGAGUUGGGGAUGCUGUCCGUCUACUACACCUACAUCUUCACCACAAUGGAGUUCUCUCUGCUGCAGUUGGAUGACAUCCUGGUGGAGCGCUGGGUCAACAUUCUUGGCUUCUCUGUCCUCAACCACAGCCAUCCUUACUUCCCUGACCUCCUCCUCAGCCUCAACCGUUCCUGGCAGGAAAACUGUGACCACGCCCCUUUCACUGGGGUCCCGCUCUCCCCAGCCCUGCUGUAUGAUGCCAUGCAUGUGGUGGUGUCUGCUGUGAGGGAGCUCAACCGCAGCCAGAGCGUGGGCGCCACACAGCUAACCUGUCAAUCACCCAAAAUCUGGGAGCACGGCACCAGCCUGAUGAACUACCUACGGAUGGUAGAAUUGGAAGGUCUAACCGGACACAUAGAGUUCAACAGCAAAGGCCACCGCUUCAACUACUCCCUGAGGGUCGUGCAGAGCAGCUCAGAGGGGCUAAGGCAGGUUGGUGAGUGGCAUUCGGAGCACGGUCUGUCCAUGGAGAGCAACAUCAACCUCCUCAUCAUGGCCGGCACCAUCUUCAACACCACCCUCACCAUCACCACCAUCUUGGAGAAUCCCUACGUGAUGCUGAGGCCCGAACACCAGGCCCUGGAGGGCAACGAGCGCUACGAAGGAUUUUGUGUAGACAUGCUGCGAGAGCUGGCCGAGCUGCUGCACUUCAGCUACCGUCUGCGGCUAGUGGCGGACGGCGUGUACGGCGUGCCCGGUGCCAACGGCACCUGGACGGGCAUGGUGGGCGAGCUCAUCUCUAGGAAAGCUGACCUGGCAGUAGCGGGGCUCACCAUCACCUCAGAGAGAGAGAAGGUCAUUGACUUCUCCAAACCCUUCAUGACCCUGGGCAUCAGCAUCAUGUACACAGCACAUAUGACACGUCGACCAGGCUACUGGUCCUUCCUAGACCCCUUCUCUCCAGGCGUAUGGCUCUUCAUGCUGCUGGCCUACCUGAUCGUCAGCUGUGUGCUCUUCCUGGUGGCCAGGCUAACGCCGUAUGAGUGGUGUAGUACUGAGCCAUGCUUGCGGGGGCGCUGUAAACUGGUGCUGAACCAGUACACUCUGGGAAACAGUCUGUGGUUCCCUGUAGGGGGGUUCAUGCAGCAAGGCUCAGCCAUCACCCCCCAUGCCCUGUCCACACGCUGCCUCAGCGCUGUCUGGUGGUUCUUCACCCUGAUCAUAGUGUCCUCCUACACAGCCAACCUGGCUGCCUUCCUCACCGUUCACAGGAUGGAGGUGCCCAUCGAGUCUGUGGAUGACCUGGCAGACCAGACCACCAUAGAGUACGGCACCAUGCAGGGAGGGUCCACCAUGACCUUCUUCCAGAACUCUCAGUACCAGACCUACCAGCGCAUGUGGAACUUCAUGCAUGCCAAGCAAACCAGUGUGUUUGUGAAGAGCACGGAGGAAGGCAUCGACCGGGUGCUCAACUCCAACUACGCCUACCUGUUGGAGAGCACCAUGAACGAGUACUACCGCCAGCGCAACUGUAACCUCACCCAGAUAGGAGGCCUGCUGGACACCAAGGGCUACGGCAUCGGCAUGCCACUGAGCUCAGUGUACCGGGACGAGAUCGACCUGGCCAUACUCAAACUCCAAGAGGACAACAGGCUGGAGAUCCUUAAGAGGAAGUGGUGGCGGGGAGACAAGUGUUCCAAAGAGGAUGACCAUCGAGCACAGGGGCUGGGCAUGGAGAAUAUAGGUGGGGUCUUUGUUGUCCUGUUGUCUGGUCUACUGCUGGCUGUGUUCAUGGCGGGGCUGGAGUUUGUCUGGGUGCAGCAACACUCUCCGAGGUCAGAGUUGUCCAUGUGUACAGAGAUGCUGAGGGCUCUCCAUGGGAUCCUGCUGUGUGAGGACAGUAUGGCACUGCAUGGUUUACGAGGCCCAGGGAUAUUACUACAAACAGACACUUCACUCCCAGAGGAGCAUGGAGGGACCAAGACAACCACUUGCACCCUCAGUAAUGGCAUGGUGUGCGGGAUGGACAACAGUAGCAGCGGUCCUAUGGAGCCACGGUCUCAUAGACUGGCACAGGAAGCCAUUUUGGGUCCACGGGGCUGCGCUCACGUCCGCAUCUGCCCAGAGUGCAGGGGAUAUAAAGGACUGCGGGUGCAAACACUGCCACCCAGAAAACACUCACCAGACCUCAGGGAGGAGAAUGUUUAGUGCAGGGUUCCCCAACUGGCGAUUUUAUUUGGCCCUCCCAAGUUUGAGCAAAACUAAAUAUUAUUUAUUGUUGGACCUAAGACUAAAAACACAUCGUGAUUUUAAUGUUGGAAACCUGUUCCAAAGUAUUCCCACGGGUAGAGAUAUGUGUUUUCAUUGUAAUCUACUCACGUUCACACAUGCCGUUUCAUGAUUGUCUAGGUCGGGUUUUAUAGAGCCGAUUACGCCUGCGCACUGACGGCGUCAUCACAUCAUCCAGAAACAUUAUAGACAGUGGAUGAAUAUAAAAUGCAUCUUUGGCUGUGAGUGAUAAAAAAAAAAGUUACUUGAAUAAUUUAAUGGAUGUUUUUUGUACAAUGGUGAAGACUAAAGUUUUAUUUGCAAUUAUCACAUUUGACUUCUACGCGGCCAUCUUUUUGGACUUGACUUCAGCUAAAAUGCAAUACCGAAAGUGUCCUGGGUUCAGUGGAAAACGUGCUUCCAGACUGGAACCCUGGGGCCUUAGCACCGACCCUGGUCCACUUGUCAGUCUUUGCACUUUAUUUCAUUAAUGUACAGACCGGUUAAUAACCCCUGAACCCAAAGAUUGAGGAUGGCGAAACGCCAUUAGAUGUCUCAUCUAAUGAAAUAAAGUGCAAAGACCGACAAGUGGACCAGGGUCGGUGCUAAGGCCCCAGGGUUCCAGUCUGGAAGCACGCCCAGAGGACACUAGGACAGUAUUUCAAAGACCCAGCUCCAACUAACGGCUAAUGCCGCUCCCCACAUUCCACUACAUAUGUGAGAGACACAGGAGCGUGGCUGUAGUCCAGUUCAUUAUUUUAUUUCAAAACAAGUGCCAAAAACAUUGGCCGGGAAUCAAAUCUGAAACGGGCAUUGUGAGCUUGACAUUUAAAGGUAAUUUACAAUUGAGCCUAGUUCCUUAUAUCCAGAAAUAAAGGCUUUUCAAACAAA